CGCCGCUCAUCGUGGGCCUUCAUCCUCGUCUCCUCUUUGCCACUAGGCUGCUGUUCUUGCGCACGAUGGCCUCUUCUGCGUCAUCGGCGAAGAUAAUCGACGGUACUGCGCUCGCAAAAUCGAUACGAAAUGACGUUGCACAGAAAAUCGCAGCGCUAAAGGCAGUCCACCCGCACUUCGCACCGCAGCUCGCGAUCAUCCAGGCUGGUGCACGCCCGGACUCGAGCACGUAUGUGCGUAUGAAGGCCAAAGCGGCCGCAGAAGUCGGUAUCGCAUUCAAGCACGUCGCUUUACCGGCAGAAGCCUCCGCAGACCAGGUCGUCAAUCACGUCCAUAAACUCAACGAGGACGAGGGAGUCAGCGGAAUCCUGGUGCAGCUUCCGCUUGGGGAACACGUUGGCGUUGAGGGCGAGAGGAAGGUCACGGAAGCCGUCAGUCCAGAGAAGGAUGUCGAUGGGUUUCAUGCCUAUAAUAUCGGGCACUUAGCAUCACGCGCCUCAGAUCCGCUGUUCUUGCCAUGCACUCCUUCCGGCUGUAUCGCACUUCUUGAGAGUACAGGUGUCCAGAUCGCGGGUUCUCAUGCCGUUGUUCUCGGGCGCAGCGAUAUUGUUGGCAAUCCUGUCGCGGCGAUGCUUCGUAAACGGGAUGCAACCGUUACACAAUGCCAUAGCCGGACAAAAAACUUGCCUGAGAUCCUCAAAACUGCUGACAUUGUCGUAGCCGCUAUCGGCAAGCCCGAGUUUGUGAAGGGUGAAUGGCUCAAACCGGGUUGUGUGGUCAUCGAUGUUGGGAUCAACUACAUUCCGGAUGCCACGAAGAAAUCUGGUCAACGCCUCGUCGGCGAUGUUGACUUCACCUCUGCCUCCUCCGUCGCAUCACAUAUCACUCCAGUCCCUGGCGGAGUCGGUCCAACGACCGUCGCCAUGCUCAUGGCCAAUACUCUUGCCUCUGCUGAACGUCUCUUCGCUGCAUCACGCGAACGACGCGUCACUCCACUUCCUCUCACUGUUCUCGAGAAGGUGCCAAGCGACAUCGAGAUCGCAAUGGCGCAGACGCCGAAGCCUAUCACGACUCUAGCGACAGAAUUAAGUCUACGCGCAGACGAGCUCGAGAGUUACGGAAAAUAUAAGGCGAAGGUCGACCUGAGUGUUCUUGAGAGACUGGCCCACCGUAAAGAUGGGAAAUAUAUCGUUAUUUCUGGUAUUACACCAACUCCACUUGGUGAGGGCAAAUCGACGACAACAAUUGGGCUUGCUCAGGCUAUUGGAGCGCAUCUUGGACGUCCGGCUUUCACAUGCGUUCGUCAACCAAGUCAGGGACCGACUUUUGGUAUUAAGGGCGGUGCGGCUGGAGGAGGAUACAGCCAGGUCAUCCCAAUGGAUGAGUUCAACUUGCACCUCACUGGUGACAUUCAUGCCGUUACUGCAGCAAAUAAUCUGCUCGCUGCUGCCUUGGAUGCUCGCAUGUUCCAUGAAGCUACUCAAACUGACAAGGCUUUGUACAACCGUCUUGUUCCGACAAUCAAAGGAAAACGCGAAUUCGCCCCACUUAUGCUCAAGCGUCUCCAAAAACUCGGAAUCGACAAGACGGAUCCUAACAGCCUGACACCAGAAGAGAUCACGCGCUUCGCGCGGCUUGACGUCGACCCAGAGACUAUCACAUGGAACCGUGUACUCGACACGAACGAUCGCUUCCUGCGUAAGAUCACCAUUGGGCGAAACCCGACGGAGCAAGGUCAUGAACGGGAGACAGGAUUCGACAUCGCGGUUGCGAGCGAGUGUAUGGCAGUUCUCGCGUUGACGACUAGUCUAUCGGACAUGCGCGAACGGUUGGGUACAAUGGUCGUUGCGACGAGUAAACACGGUGACGCGAUUACAGCAGACGACGUUGGUGUUGGAGGUGCACUAGCAGUUCUUAUGAAGGAUGCUAUCAAGCCAAACCUGAUGCAAACUCUCGAGGGUACUCCGGUAUUUGUACAUGCAGGACCCUUCGCGAACAUCGCACACGGCAAUUCCUCUAUCCUCGCGGACCGUGUUGCACUCAAGCUCGCUGGUACAGAGGACGGUGACGAUUCCUCUCGUGUUGGGUUCGUACUCACCGAAGGUGGUUUCGGUGCGGAUAUGGGUAUGGAGAAGUUCUGCAACAUCAAGUGUCGCGUGAGUGGACUUACACCCGACGCAACUGUCAUCGUCGCCACAACGCGUGCGCUCAAGAUGCAUGGAGGCGGACCGGAGGUCACACCUGGUAAACCGUUGCAUGAAACGUAUACGUCGGAGAACUUGGAGAUUUUGCGUGAAGGGUGUAAGAACCUCGCAAAGCAUAUCGUGAACUCGAAGAAGUUUGGUAUCAAGGUUGUCAUUGGUAUCAACAAAUUCGCGUCGGACACCCCCGCAGAACUCGAGCUCAUACGUCAAGAAGCGUUAGCAGCUGGUGCGGACGCCGCAGUAGUAUCAGACCACUGGGCACGUGGAGGUGCGGGUGCGGUUGACCUUGCUAAGGCCGUCGUUGCCGCUUGUGAAGGCGAAUCGCAUUUCAAGUUCCUGUAUGAUCUUGACAAGCCCAUCGCGGAGAAGAUCGAAAUCAUCUCGAAAGAAAUUUAUGGUGCCGAUGGUAUUCAGCUAAGCGAGCUUGCGCAGAAGCAGGUCGAGACGUAUACUAAGCAAGGCUAUGGGAACCUUCCCAUUUGCAUGGCGAAGACACAGUAUUCGUUCUCACACGACCCGAAGCUCAAGGGUGUUCCGACAGGUUUCACUAUCCCUAUCCGCUCUGUACGCUUGUCUGCUGGUGCAGGUUUCCUUUACCCAAUCCUCGGUGACAUGCAAACCAUGCCUGGACUCGGCACACGUCCUGGUUUCUGGGAAGUUGGUUUAGAUCCAGAGACUGGGCGUGUCGUUGGACUUUUCUAAAUUCUUCGUAUAAGGUCAACGCCCCACUGCCCCUCCCCUUGAUCUAACGUUGCACCGAGCAUUGUUCUCAACAACAUCUGGCAUUAUUACUUCAACAGUUAUAGAGAGCACUCCAUUAUUCCAACCAUCGCCCAUAGAGGUUUCCGAUCUGGAUUGGACUUAUAGUCAUACGUCUAGAUGAGGGCCUUGUAGAUGCGUUUUCUAGACUGCAACUCUACUUGCAGCACUAAUCGUUCUUGCUGUAUCGUUUUCUUCAUCGUUCAACCGGUAUUUUAGUACUACUUAAGUACGUUCUUUCGGUGUAACUUAGAAUAUUUUCUUGUUUUCUCUCUGUUUCUGUAUGUAGGUUAAAGUGAACAAAAGAAUAAAUAGGAUAAAAGUAGAAAACGU